UCAGUUAUUAUCAACUAGCUCUCACUUGCUGAGUUGCGGAGCUUCUCUUCCGUCCACUCUUCACUUCCUUCUCUCGCUUCUAUCACUCAUAACUCGCCGCCGACUCAGUCUCUCCACUCUUCAUGCCACAGUUCUACUCCUUUCUCAUUAGCCAACAAUGAAACCAUCUCGACCGUUAAUCACAAGACCCAUCAAACCACCACCUCCACCACCAUCCUUAACUAGAAAUUGCAAAUUGAGUCCAAAUGUGAACAGGGUCUUUGAUUUCAGACCAAAUUUUAGGAAAUUUCCAGUGAAGCUGAUUACCAAAAGCUCAAGAAAUGAAGCUUCUUUGCCGGCAUCGACACAUUCCUCAUCACCAGUAAUUUCGUCCAAUACGGGUAGGCUAGAAGCUCUAGAGGAGAACAUAGAGAAGGUUAUUUAUCGAUUUCGGUUCAUGGCGCUUCUGGGUGUUUUUGGGUCUUUGAUUGGUUCAUUUCUCUGUUUCAUCAAGGGUUGCACCUUUGUUGUGUCAUCUUUCAUGGAAUAUUUUGUGAAUCGGAGCAAAGUGAUUUUAUUGCUGGUCGAGGCUAUUGAUGUUUAUCUUUUAGGAACUGUAAUGCUGGUUUUUGGUAUGGGUCUCUAUGAGCUCUUUGUAAGCAAUCUUGACAUUGCAAAGUCACUCUCAGAAGAAAAUGUCCAUCACAGAUCAAAUCUUUUUGGCUUGUUCACUCUCAAGGAGCGGCCUAAAUGGUUAGAAAUAAAAACCGUGAAUGAGUUGAAAACGAAGCUUGGGCAUGUGAUAGUGAUGCUGCUUCUGAUAGGGCUAUUUGAAAAGAGUAAGAAAGCUGUUAUAAAUUCUCCUGCGGAUUUGCUUUGCUUCUCAGCUUCUGUGCUUCUAUCCUCUGGUUGCCUCUUUUUGUUGUCUAAGCUUAAUGACUCCAAGUGAACCGAAAAAAAGAAAGGAAAAAAAAGAAAAAAAGAAAAACAAGUAUUGCAAUACUGAGAGAUAAUGGGGCCAUGUAUAAAAUCUGUAUAUUUGUCAAAAUAUGUAUUUGCUUCUUUUAUGUUGUUAUGUUGUGAUAUUUUAAUAAGCUUAACAGUCUAAUACUAUUAUCAACUCAGUGAAA